GCUGGCUGAGAGGCAGGAGCUCGCCUUGGGACUGAGCCAGGGGCGGCCGGACCGUGCCCUGAAUAGGCCUGCAGCUUUGGAAACUCCCUGUGAAGCAACCGGGAAACCAGCGCCGGCUGACUGGGGGGAAGGCAGCCUCCAAGCCUGGGCCCAGACGAGACCCCUGUGACUUCCCCGUGGCUGUGCUGCAAUGAUGGACCACGGGGAAGCUGCGGAUGGUGGCACCCCUGUGCCCAGUGCUCUGCCAGCAGGAGAGCAGGGAGCUGUGGCUCCCAGGGGCCUGGAUCCUGGGAGAUGGGUGGGGUUGUACAGUAGAGGCGAGAGGACCAGAGAAGAAACGAUGGAUGCGCUGGGGCGGGAGCUGCUGAGCGGCAUCCCCAGCACUGGCCCGUCCCAGGGGGAGACGGAGGAGUCCCCGGGCCUCCACCGGACAUUGCUGCUGCUACUCCGGCUCUCCCAGAGCUGCCCCUUUGGAGAGACCCAAGAGAAGUGCUCCCAGCUGCUGCAGGCUCUCCAGGACAGAGGGAUCAAGACUCCGCGGCAGCUGGGGAGAGGCCCGAGUUCCUUCCUCCCUGUGGAAGAGAUCUUGCAGGAGGGGGCGGAGAACGCCCAGCGGCGGAUCUUCAUCGAGGCCUUCGUGUCCACGGGCAGGGUGGACAACAUCACCAUGGUGAUGGGGCUGCACCCCAAAUACCUCUCCAGCUUCUGGAGGACCCAGUACCUGCUGCUGUGCAUGGACGGGCCCCUGCCCCACCACAAGCGCCACUACAUCGCCAUCAUGGCGGCGGCCAGGCACCAGUGCUCCUACCUGGUGGGCUUGCACAUGGGCGAGUUCCUGCAAGCCGGGGGGGACCCGGAGUGGCUCCAGGGCCUGCACUGUGCCCCCCAGAAGCUGAGGAACCUCAACGAGAUCAACAAGAUCCUGGCGCACCGGCCCUGGCUCAUCACGAAGGAGCACAUCGAGGCCCUCCUGAAGACGGGAGAGAACAGCUGGUCGCUGGCCGAGCUCAUCCAGGCCCUGGUGCUCCUCACUCAUUACCACUCGCUCGCCUCCUUCGUCUUCGGCUGUGGCAUCAACCCAGAGAUCGACCACGAGGGGGGACAUGCCUUCCAGCCGCCCUCCCCGCGCAGCUGUGACAGCAGCCCAGCCUCUGAGGAGGGGGUCAGUGGCUCCGGGGGCAGAGACGCCAUGCAGGAGGUGGAGGUGCUGAUGGAGAGGAUGAAGCUCCUGCAGGAGUGCCAGCUGGAGGAGGACGAGGUCACCCAGGAGGAGAUGGAGACCCGCUUCGAGCUGGAGAAGACGGAGAGCCUGCUUGUCGCCCCCUCGGACAUCGUUGAGCACUCCCUGCCCCACAACGUCCUGUGCUUCGUGGAGGAUCCCGGCUUCGGCUACAAGGACUUCACACGGCGAGGAGAACAGGCCCCCCCCACCUUCCGAGCGCAGGAUUACACGUGGGAAGACCACGGCUACUCGCUGAUCAACCGCCUGUACCCGGACGUGGGGCAACUGCUGGACGAGAAGUUCCAGGUGGUCUACAACCUGACCUACCACACCAUGGCCAUGCACCGCGGCGUGGACACCUCCACGCUCCGCCGUGCCAUCUGGAACUACGUGCACUGCGUCUUCGGCAUCCGGUAUGACGACUACGACUACGGGGAAGUGAACCAACUCCUGGAGCGCAGCCUGAAGGUCUACAUCAAGACAGUGGCCUGCUACCCCGAGAAGACCACGCGGCGCAUGUACACCCACUUCUGGCGCCACUUCAAGCACUCCGAGAAGGUGCACGUGAACCUGCUGCUGCUGGAAGCCCGGAUGCAGGCGGCCUUGCUGUACGCGCUGCGAGCCAUCACCCGCUACAUGACCUGACGGGGCUGUGCCCCCCUGCCCCACCCCACCCCAGCCGCGGGGGCAGGGGAGUAGGGGGGCAGGAGGUCACCUGCUUGGAAAGACUCAAUCUCUGGGACCUGUCAGCAAGGACUUGGGGUCCUCUGUCCACGGGGCCCAGAGCAACAGAGAGGGGGGAUCCUGCCCCUGGAAGCCAAACCGUUCAGCCCCCGCAGUGUGAAGAACCACCUCGGCCGUGCCCAGUGUUCCCCAUUGACGCUGCCCCCGUCCCGUGACCUGCCCCCGUGGCCGCGGUGCUGGCGAGGGCAGGGGGCCAGGCUCUGGGCUGGGGGCUCUUGCUGCAGCCUGGGGCUGGGGAGGGGGCUCCGACGUCCAUGUGCCUUUCUCCCAAAACCGAAGUGAACUCCAGCGGCGGCACAGCCACCCCCUGCUGCUGCCUUCCCAAGCCCAGGGCCCAGCGCCGCGGAUCCCUGGCCUCUGAGAACCUCGCCUCGUACCAAAGAGAUCUCCCAGGAUCCACCCAGCGGCUGUGAAUGGAUUCUCCCCCGCCAGCCCUGCUCCUCCGUGGCUCCGUAUCACUGUAAGACUUGGACUGCUCACACUCGAGGCAUCUCAGCCCCAGGCGGUGGCGGAUUGUGGCAGGAUCAGGAUCGGGUCCCGGCUGACACUAUGUGAUGGGGCUUCUCCUGCGCUGGGCACCGCCGGCUCUUGCACUCCAAAUCCCCGACACGGCCGCAGGAAGGAUGCUGGGGAGAGCUGGGGGAGCAGCCCAGUGCAGCGCCGAGGUGGCUGCACAGACACCGCGCGGGACAGAGGGACAGAUCUCUGCUUCCCCAAACCCCUCUGCACCGAGGGUGUGAGGAGACAGUCCCGUCUCCGUGCCACCACCCCGCACGUCUGUCCUGUUCGACACUCAGCCCUCCGGACACCGGGGCCUGCCCUGUGGGCGCAGCCCCUCUCCUCUGCUGUUCCCACCUGGGUGGAAGCAUCGGCAGGAGGGAGGACUGGAUGGGAGCCUCGGGCCCGGCGCUAGCUGAAUGAAAGCGUCUCCAGGUGCUGGGGGCAGUCAGGCUGGUGACGGGGUCCUCUGCGGUCAGCAAGCCCUGGCAGCUCUCUGCAGGACAUCUGAGCCCCGAUUCACGUGAACGCCCUGGAGGGCACCCGGGGACUUUGGCCCAGGGUGUUAUCGCAUCUCACCACUUGGUCCGCAGCACAUUUCCCUCCGGCCUCGCAGCCCUGGCACGUCCUCCAGGCGGGAUCAGCUGCCUCGCAGGGCGAGGGGAUAGCUGGGGCUAAGCCAGCGCUGGCAGCCCAGGCCGAGGGAAUGGCUCUAAGCUGUGAAGAAAACCGAGAGGCCUUUUUUUUUUUAAAUGAUUAUUUAAGUUGAUUUUCCCCUCUUGCAGCCUGGCCUCCCGCCCCAAGCCUUGCCUCUGAGCCGCCCCUUGCACUGCGACCCUAAAGGGUUCAUGCCUCGCGUUCCCGGGGACCUGGCAGCAUCUGCAGCUUCCAGCCAGUCACCAGGACACCCCUUGUUUUGGGUCUGCCUUGCAUGGAGACCCCCGUCUGCUCGGGGGGGACUCGUACCCUGGCUCUGCUUACCUCCUGGGGAGGCAGGCGCCAUCCCUUCUGCCCUUGGGGGACGUCACUCCCAGCACCCGUCAGCCUUGCAGCCCUGCUGCAGACCCCAGCCCUGGAUUCUGCUUUUGGGACUGACCCUGCAGCAGCCAGGCAGAGUGCGGGGGGUCAUUCGCAGGCUGUCAUUUUUUUUUUAAUGGCUCUAAAUGUCGGUAUUAGCUGGAGCAGCCUCAUUGCACAGGGGCCCAAAGACAGCGGGAGAGGGGCCGGGACGAUGGCUGCUUGGCCCAGGGGAAGCAGAGCAUGGAGCUUCCUCCCGUGGGUAGAAAGAGCAAGCGGCAUCGCGUGCGGUGAGCCCGUGCAUUGCCUGCUCGCCCCCGUGUGCAUCUCCAGCACUGGCUCCUUGUCCUCCCUGCUCACUGCAGUAUUGCACGCCUGCCCCGGCAGGCUACAGCCAUCGCGCUCCUGGUCGUGGGUAGGUUUUGCACAGCGCUUCCCGGCCGUCUCCGUUUCCCACCAGCACGUUCCUUUCCCGGGGCGGCUCGGCCGCAGUUCGCCAGCCGCGGGGUUACGAUGGCUGAGGGGGGGACACACAGACUAGCUUUAUCCUGACGUGCCCCAGCAUUUCACGUAGGUGCCGGUCGCUGUGAAAUGCCCUUGCCCACCCCCUGCCUUCCCGCCCCCCCGCAGGACGCUGCGUGGGCCCGACAGCUCCACCCGCCCGGCGUGGAAGCACGAAUGUUGCCCCAUGUUGCUGACCUGUAGCUCUCUGUAAGUUAUUAUUUGGGGGGGUGUUUAGUCCUGCCUGGGCAGGCAUCUGCCCCCGGGACUUUGCUACCAAUGCUGGCAGGUCAAUAAAAGCCUUUUUUUCUUUUUU